CACCUGAGCUGUUCCUGCUGACCGCAGGCACAUGAUGUGUGUUUACCUGCUGCAGCUCUGCUCGCUGUUCUGAGAUUCAGGCUUUAAUCCAUCGCUGCUGUAAAAGUGAUAAAUAUUAUCCGAACCUGACAGCGGAUAUAGUAGAGGAGCCGCGGGGAGCCGCCGGGGACAGCAGCACGCUGUGCUGUUUAUGCUGAGGACCGGGGAGCCUCGCUCUCUGUAUCAGCAGCAGCAGCAGCAGCAGCAGAGAGCUGAGUAACAGCGGGGCUGCGGAGCUCCAUUAUUGGAAAGUACACAUGCACUUCUGAAUUUCCUCUAUUUCUUUGUCAUGGGGGUCAUCGAGGAGACCGAUGUGGAGCAGGUGACCCUGGCCCUGCUGGAUGCAGCCAAUGACAAGGAUGCAGUGGUGCAGGAGCAGGUUCGGAAAUCCAUCCUGACGUUGGGGAACCAGCAGCCUGAUAAAGUGCUCUCCAUGUGUCAGGACUACCUGGUUAAACACUCCAAGCUGGUAGCAGGCCACAGAGUGGUGGUCCUGCAGACCAUAGAGCUGGUAGUAAAAAGCAAGAUUGAUGACAUCAGUUACCCUAAAAUAAAGAGCAUCAUAUCACUGGCCUCAGAUGAGAUGACCAGGUCUAAGGAAGUUUCUGCUGAAUGGCAGCAAGCAGCCAGUAAUAUUUUGGUUGCUGUUGGGAACAAAUACAUCAAUGACAUCAUGGAGGAGAUCCUCAGCAAGUUCCAGCCAGGGGUUUUACCUCACUUUUUCGUAGUCCAAACAUUAGCCAGUCUCUCUGACUCCAAUGUGUAUGGAAUGGUGCCAUUCCUCAGUGCAAUUUUGGGCACCAUGUUGCCUAUGUUGGGCAUGGCCAAGCAAGACAACAUGAAGUGGGUCUUCUCCUCUGCUCUUUACCGCUUCAGCGAGAGCAUUCUAGAGUACCUGGCGAACCUGGACAAAGCCCCGGACCCCACUGUCCGCAAGGACACCUUCUCCGGUGAAAUCUAUGCUGCGUAUGACAUACUCUUCAACAGCUGGCUACAGAGCAGAGAACCCAAGUUGCGUCUGACGGUAGCAGAAGCUCUGGGGUCGAUGAGUCACCUGAUGGCUCAUGAUAAGCUGGAGGAACAGCUCCCCAAACUCGUCCCCACAGUACUGGGCCUGUACAAGAAGAACCCUGAACACUACAUCGUCAGCAAGAGCCUUUGCCAGGUGCUGGAUGCCUCUGUGAAUAUGGGCAGCAGAGUUCUUGAGACUCAGAUGGACAGCCUGCUCUCUGCUCUGCACCAACAGGUGUGUUCACCUAUGGACUUUAACAACCCUCCAACUAUAAAAAAUCACAAUGAAGUUCUGCGCUGCUUUACUAUACUUGCCAACACGUUCCCAGACCGGCUGAUGGUGUUUGUCCUGCAGAGACUGGAAAACAGUAAUGAGAGAAACAGAAUGGGCUCCCUGGCUGUGCUGAGACACCUCAUCAACUCAACAACUUCCAUAAUGGAAACCAAGAAGCUUCUCAUCCUUGCCAGCAUCAGACAGCCUCUAGUAGACCACAGCAAUAAGGUAAAGAAGAGGGUUGUGCAGGUGAUCAGUGCGAUGGCUCACCAUGGAUACCUGGAGCUGGAGGGUGGAGACCUGCUUGUGCGCUUCAUCAUUCAGCACUGUGCUCUGCCAGACACUUACUAUCGAGGGCAGCGUCCUACAGACCCUGAGGAGGUGACCAACGAGGCACUGAGGAGCAUGUGUGAUAACACGCUUCACCUCUUCACUACAACUGUGGGACGCCUGACUGAUGUACUGUGGCCAAUGUUGCUGUGCUACCUCACCCCCAGCCAGUACUCCAAUGCCACCACUCCCCUCUGCAAGAGCCUCAUCCUGCUAGCCAAUAAGAAGCGAGCAGCCCAGGAGCCCAAUUUCAUCAUUGACUUCACUGCGCCAGGUUCCAAUCUUCCCUCACAGUAUAUACUAAUGAUGAGACUUUUGGUGAACUCUGCCUUUCCGUUCCGGUGUCGAGGUCACGGUGCUCCAUCUCUGAGUCUUCUACUUGCUAUUGUACCAAACAUUCACCCUAAAGCAGAAGCCUUAUGGAGCACAGAGAUUCCACAGCUUCUUACCCAUCUGGAAGAAUCUACACAAGAAACUCUGGAUAAAAAGAGCUGGGAAGAGAGCCUCCUACAGUUCUUGUCUAAAACAUUGGUGGCCAUUGACGAUGGCCAGUGGAGCUGUCAGUUGGCAGUGGAGGCAACCCGGUAUCUUCCUACCUACAACAACUCUUUAGAGGAAAAGAGCUUCCUGUAUAAGUGCAUCGGUAUGACUCUGCAGCAGUGCACCAAUAAGGAGCUGGUGAGAAAACAGCUUCAGGAAGUCCUGGUCAGCGCCCGCCAUAAUGACGCUACUGAGAGAGCGGGAGUAGCGAUGGGUAUUGGGCUGUGCGCCAGCAGUCAUCUGGAUGGCACUCUGACCAAACUGGAAGAGUUCGGGAAAUCUGAUGCCUUCAAGAAAGCCUCGGGGAUCUUUGGUCUGCUCAAAGAUAAGAACGACGUGGAGGUGGAGAAGAUUAAGAGCACUUUGAUUUUGUGUUACGGUUAUGUGGCUCUGAACGCCCCGGAGGAUCAGCUUCUCAAUCGCCUCGACAACGACAUACUGCGCAGCAUUAGCAAGCACUUCAACACCAAGAUUGGAUUUGGCUUUCAUGACGGUUCAGAUUCAUUAAUUGUUCUGGGAAUUAAAGUAGAGACCAAGGACUUGACAAUGAAGCUGAGUCUAAUUCAAAGUGUUGGACUUAUUGCUAAAGCUAUUAAUACCUGUGUUCGCAAACAAGGCUACCUUUUCAGCCGCAAGCAGGAGCUGAUGGGAGUAAUGAUGGACUUCAUUAAGGCAGAGCCGGCUGAUGCCCUGCGCACUCCUGUGCGGCACCUCGUUAUGACCACCUGUGCCAACCUUAUUAACUUGGAUCCUCCUCUAACAGAAAAUGAGAAUUUUGACAUGUUGAAAACCUGUAUAAAUGGGGUGUAUGGACUUCCUACAAUAGAGGCACCUGAAAAAGGCAAGGACGAGGAGAUUCUGGACCCCCAGCAAAAAGAAGCAUUGUACACGGAUACAUUCAGCGCGCUUCAUGAACUGCUCCGCAAUGUGUUGGCUCGAGAUUUAAGUCCAGACGGCCUUCAGUCUGUGUUCAAGCAUAUAGAGGGCUGGUUGAGCUCCAGGCAGGACCAUGAACGAGAGAGAGCGGUGAGAACUACAGCUGAGUUACUGCAGUUCUACCUGGACAGUCUGAGUGUCAAGAACCUGGUGACCUUUCAUAACCUUGGAGCCCUUUUAGGACGUCUGGCCCCGCGCUGUACAGACCCCAACCCUGGUGUACGAAGAGCAGCAAUAGACUGCAUCUAUGUGCUCUUACACAUUCAGCUGCGUUAUGAAGGCUUCUCACUGGACUACAAAGAUGACUCGGUGGAGGGAUUGUUAACAGUGCGAGAGAAACUAAACGACCCUGACCACUCUGUCCUCUACAGGUCCUGCUCUGAACUCACCAAGAUAAUCAGUAAGCGUCUGCCUCAGCAGCAGCUGAACACGCUGAUCUUCAUGCUGUUUGAAGGACUGGUAGACUCCCAGUCCAACUGCUCCAGAGCCUCCAGUGUCGUUCUCAACACGCUGCUGAAAAACAGAGGAGCUGGACUACAAGACCUGGUGCCUGAGAUGUUGGAGGUGUUGCACAAUAGACUGCAGGUUAUUGGUGAAGAGCAGGUGAAAGUUGCAGUUGCGCAGUCCAUUCUUAUUCUUGCCACGCAGCAUCUGCAGACAGUCAUCACCACCCUUAUCUCCUAUCCUCUCCCUUUUGACAGCUGGAGCUGUGAGAUGUGGACUGCACUGGGAGCAGACAGCACUGUAGCUCGUCAGAUCAUGGAGAUGAUCGUUGAAAAGCUGAACGUCAUAGCGCCGUUUGUGGAUAAGAAAGAGUUCAUGCUCAAACCUGGCAUGACCAAAGUGGCCACCAGUCAGCCGUUAGCAAUGACCUGUGCUCUGCGUGAGAUGAUGAUGAACGGACACACUGAAGAGGCAGUGAUCUCCCUGUUUCCACAACUCUUCAGCGCUCUGCUGGUGCGGAUGGGCUCCAGUGUUGGGGUGCAGCUCCCCAAAGAUAUCAACAGCAACAGCAUCGGAGCGGAUCGUAAAGCUAGCGGCAAAACCAUCGCUGUUAACUUCGACGUCUGUGGCGUGGCGGUUGAGGCUUUGCGUAUCCUGCUGGCUCGAGCUCAUCUGGAUGCUGUAGUGAAAGUUCUAGAUCAGGACUCAGCGUGGGAUAAGAUGAAGGACUCUCAGCAGCACACUGCAGGGGUGACUCUUCUCUCCAGGGCGAUGGCAAAGCAUGCAGGUCCUCGUCUUCCCAUGAUAGUGGAGAGUUUGUGUCCAUCCCUUAAUAACAUCUAUGAGUGCCAGAGAAUCACAGUCACAGCUUUCUUCUCUGAGCUGCUAAACCAUCAUGUAGUGACAGAACUGAUGAUGAUGGAUGUGCUGAUGAAUAACAUGAUGGAGAGGAUUUCAGACCCCUGUUGUACUGUCCGCAUGCUGGCCAUCAGAGGCCUGGGGAAUGUUGCUAUCGGCUCACCAGAGAAGGUAAAUAAGUACGCUAAAGAGCUGCUGGCAGCCAUGAGUUCAGGCAUGGAGGAGAAGGAUGACCCAGGUAAAUUUAUCACUCUGGAGGCCAUGUCUGGCCUGUCCAAGGUACUGCUCUACCUGGACCAGAAGAAUGUGCACCUGCUGGUCGUUUACAUCUUCAUGAAAAUAAAACCUUUCCUGGAGAAUGAGAAUGAUGAGAUUCGCUGUGCCUCUAUCAUGCUCCUGGGAAAUCUGUCAAAAUUUGGAUCUGGGGAACCAGUCUUUAAAGACCAGAUUCACAAUGUUCUAGUCAGUCUGCUUCUGCACCUUAGUGACCCAAACGCACAAGUGGUGAAGGCGUGUAAAUAUACCAUGCGGGUGUGUGCUCCGGUGGUGGGUUCUGAACAGAUCACUGCCAUGUUUCAGAAUCAUCUGCACGAGGAGAAGGGUCUGCACUACGGCGAGUUCAUCAAUGACCUCAUCAAAUACAUAAUCCAGGACUUCCCUGGUAUGCUCAAUUUCUACCACGUUACAGUCGUCCAGUUCUUCAAGAGCAACUGGGCAGAGAUCAGGGCAAGUGCUGCUAUGUUUAUAGGGUUUCUGUUGGGAAACUUGCCCGAGGAGUAUUUCUCCCAUAUGAACAUGGGGACUGUAACUAAGGGUCUAGUCAUGCUGCUGCAGGAUCCAGAUCCUAUAGUUCGGGCGAAAGCAGCAGAAGCCAUGGGCCAAUUCCACUAAGCCUUCCUUCAUUUAGCCCUUUAUUUUAGUUUGGAGUGGGAGAAAAGCCUCUACAUGUUGCUGUACUUGAAUUAGCCUUUAAAAAAUUUAGUGACCAAAGACUGUGCUCUAGUAAAAACCACAUCAUCCACAAUAAAACAGGAUAAAUACAAUAUAUAAGCUCUGCAUUGUUGAGCCAGACCAGAGCUUUGGACCUGUUGGGUAGCUGUGUAAUUCAGUAUUGUGUCUCUGUUUAGACUGUAGUGUUUGAAUCAGUAGGUGGUAGAGUUUGUAAAUUUACCCUUUAAAGAGGCCCUUCAGAAGAUUGGCUUUGGAAAAUUAACAAAGCCAAGCUGGGUUUUCAUUGCAAUCAGUCCAUGUAGAAUUUAUAUAAUGUACAGUUAAUAUGAACUGAGCCUACAGGAUUCAGCCUGAGCUGAUCAGCUGCUCAGUAGACCUAAUAUACAUUAUUAGGGUAUAUAAGGUUUUAUUCCCAGUUGGAUACAGUACUGAAAUUGGGACCUAUAUUGGUAGUACGUUGGUACAUACACAUACUGUACCUCCUGCUGACUGCAACUAUAGCAAUAAGUAUAGGAAGGGUGAGCUCAUAUUCCCUCAUUUUGUGUAGAAUUUGUAAAGGUAAACUCAGUAAAUGAGCGAACCAGCCUUUCGUAGCAUAAUGCUAAUGUUGAUGUGACCAAUUGUAGUGAUUUCCCCUGCCGAGCUGUGCUUCCUCUAGACCCCAGGUAGAACUUGUAGACAGACCUGGCACAGGGAUGCCACAACAGUGCCAAAACUCUAGAUUUGUGCAAGAUAGAUAAAAUUAGGAUGUUUCAUACUCAUUUCUUACUCAUUCCAGCACUUUCUUUCUGUCCUCUGUUUUGUAGACAUUUCAGGUCAGGUCAGGUCUGGAGGUUGUAGAUCAGGGGUGUCCUGACUUAACUGUUGCUGGUGUGACUGCAGGUAGGCCUGUCAUGAUAAUUAUAUAUUAUACUUAUCGUAUAAUAUAUGGACAUGACCUUAAUGAGUUUGCUGACACCAGUAUAGACCAUUUUUUUUAUCUCUUAGCAAGGAAAGCCCAUUAACAUUAAUCAACCGAUAAGUCAACAUAAAAGUUUAAAAACAAAUAUUUUUACUUUAUAUUUAGAAUGUAUAUAUUAAUAUACAUUUAAAUCUCACUUCUCUUUAAAAAGGUGUAAUUGCUUCAUUAUAUUGUUAUAUUAUCAUAAUAUCAGUGGCAAAAUAGCGUCCAAUAAAAAAAGUUAUCUUGACAGGUCUAACUGCAUGCUCAUCUAGCUCACCUAAAUCAUCUGCUUAAAGAUUCAGAGACCAAAUUAUUAAACAUAUGCUGUAGAAUCAGAUGAGCCCCUGCUUAGUUGGUUUAAAGAAGAGAUGCAGACGAAUAUACGGCUCUGAAAAAUAUUAAGAGAC